UUGGAAGAAGGACUCGCAGGAUUUCUUUUUGUUUUCAAACUAAAUGAAAGUACGUGGUUGAAAUGUGCGGGCAAUGACUUCUACAUCCCUCUGUCCAGCUCAAAUCACUCAGUUGCUCUACCAAGAGAGGUUCCAUCUGAAGAUGCAAAGGUACCUGACAGUAGUACAGAAGCAGUUCAAGAAAAAAAAAUUACUGCAUAUACCAAUGGAAUAAUAAAUGAAAUAAGGAACUUGGUGAGUGACAUUUCCUCUGAGAAGAAUCAAAAGACAAAGUCCAAAGAAGCACAAGAAAGCAUUCUUCAAGAAAUAGAAAAAUUGGCUUCCGAAGCCUAUAGUAUCUUCCGAAGCACUGUUCCAACUUUCACAGAGGAAGCAAUUUCAGAGACUGAAGAAUUGAAAGCCCCCGCCAAAAUAUGCUCAGGGACAGGCACAGGUUUUGAAAUAUUGUGCCAAGGUUUUAACUGGGAAUCUCAUAAAACUAGAAGAUGGUACAUGGAACUCCAAAGUAAAGCUGCAGAAUUAUCUUCACUAGGUUUCACUGUGAUUUGGUUACCACCCCCUACAGACUCUGUGUCACCUGAAGGGUACAUGCCGAAGGAUUUAUAUAAUCUGAACUCCAGAUAUGGAAAUAUUGACGAACUAAAGGAGACUGUGAGGACAUUCCAUAAAGUCGGUAUAAAAGUUCUUGGAGAUGCUGUGCUGAACCACCGUUGUGCAGAAUAUCAGAAUCAAAAUGGUAUUUGGAAUAUCUUUGGUGGUCGUUUAAAUUGGGAUGAUCGUGCAGUUGUUGCCGACGAUCCACAUUUUCAGGGCAGGGGCAAUAAAAGUAGUGGGGAGUGUUUUCAUGCUGCUCCAAACAUUGAUCAUUCACAAGAUUUUGUGAGGAAGGAUAUCAAAGAAUGGUUACACUGGCUAAGGGAAGAAAUUGGGUAUGACGGAUGGAGGCUUGAUUUUGUUAGAGGAUUUUGGGGUGGUUAUGUCAAGGACUACAUAGAUUCUACUGAGCCCUACUUUGCUGUAGGCGAGUAUUGGGAUUCCCUAUGUUAUACAUACGGUGAAAUGGAUCACAAUCAAGAUGCACACAGGCAGAGAAUUGUUGAUUGGAUCAAUGCUACUAAUGGAACUGCUGGUGCAUUUGAUGUCACAACAAAAGGGAUUCUCCAUGCAGCACUGGAAAAAUGUGAGUAUUGGCGAUUAUCAGAUCAGAAGGGAAAGCCUCCAGGGGUUCUUGGAUGGUGGCCAUCUCGUGCUGUCACUUUCAUAGAGAAUCACGAUACUGGUUCUACUCAGGGUCAUUGGAGGUUUCCACAUGAUAAAGAAAUGCAAGGAUAUGCUUACAUUCUGACUCAUCCAGGAACCCCAACAGUUUUCUAUGACCACAUUUUCUCUCACUACCAUUCUGAAAUUAAAGCUCUACUCUCUCUGAGAAACCGGAACAAGCUCAACUGUCGGAGUAGAGUUAAAAUUACCAAGGCAGAAAGAGACGUGUAUGCAGCCAUCAUUGAUGAAAAGGUUGCUGUAAAAAUCGGACCAGGUCACUACGAACCCCCAAGUGGACCUCAAAGAUGGUCUAAAUGUGCGGAGGGCAGAGACUACAAGGUCUGGGAAGCAUCAUAACUUUGUCCACAACGAUAUUAUGUAGCUAUGAGUAUAUAAAAGUUGAUUGCAGGAUGAUUCAAUAAGGAAGUUCCCAUAUUUUACAUCUAAGCAAAUCAAAGGGUGCCAAGAUAGAAUAAUAUGUACUUCUCUCUGGAGGUCUGGCUGAGAACCUUGAAUUGAAGUUUUCUUGCCAUGCAUUUCCGUAGUUCAAGGGAUUGUCAAAGCUCAACAGACGAUCGGAAAGACCUGCUUUCAGCAAUAGAAAAUUGCAGCCAGUCGGCUAGGUGUGGAAGUGGUGAGCAUGUUUUAGGUUUAAAAGGGCAGUGUUUCCAUCAUAUAGACUAUUGAUAUUUAUUGUGAUUCCUUCUAUGCAAAAACAUGUUCUAGUGUAUAUUCCAUUAAUGUGUAAACAAGUUAUUGUUCAUUGAUUAAUUAAUAAAGCAAUGUUUUUAACUAAAAA